AUGAAUAGGUCGUUUGAACCGCUGAAGAACUCCGUCGCCAAUCCGUUGAGGAAACGUUUCACCUCUUCUUUGACUUCAUCGUCGCUCCGUGCAACACUGAGAAAACUCAGGCGAGCUAUCCAGAACCGCCGGCGACGACUGACAGCCGGUAUAACGCUGCUUCACGACAACGCACGACCUCACAUCUCCCGUCAAACCCAGGAACUUUUGACACACUUAGGGUGGACUGUCAUGCCCCACCCACCUUACAGUCCGGACCUCGCGCCUAGUGAUUAUCAUUUGUUCUCCAAGUUAAAGAAACACUUGAGUGGCCAACGCUUCCGGAGCGACGAUAAAGUCAAAGAAGAGGUGAAACGUUUUCUCAACGGUUUGGCGGCGGAGUUCUACGACAUUGGGAUACAGAAAUUGGAGCACCGUCUACAAAAAUGCGUAGAAAAAGAUGGCGAUUAUGUAGAAAAAUAG